AUGACAGGACUCACAUCAGAAUCCCUCAAAGAAAUUAUACAGAAGAGAUUGGAAGCAGAAUUAGUUCAAGUUGAAGAUAUGUCAGGAGGUUGUGGUCAAGCAUUUGCAGUUAUAAUAGUUACAUCUAAAUUUCAAGGUAAAAAUAAAUUAGCAAGACAUAGAUUAGUUAAUAAUGAACUACGAGAUGAAAUAGCUGCUAUUCAUGCUUUUACUCAAAAGGGUUAUACUCCAAAAGAAUGGAUAGAUUUAGGAGGUAAAAUAUAG